AGUGCCCACCCUCCGACACAGCAUUCCAGUGUAAGCGGAUGAAAGCCAGCCACCCCCUGGCUCCUCAUGGGUGGAGUGAUUUGCUGUGGUCAAGGAGAGGAGUGGGAGACAGGAGCCUCACGCUCACUCAUUGAUUCUCGCAGCGUGUGAGGAGCUGAAGAAGGGCAGAGCAGGCUGUGAGCUGGGAGCAGGGAUGGUAGCAGAGGAGAUUGUGGUCUCCCUCUCAGGAGGAGCCCCGUGGGGCUUCAGGCUGCAAGGAGGAGCAGAGCAGCAAAAACCUCUGCAGGUGGCCAAGGUACGCAGGCGCAGCAAAGCGUGCAGAGCUGGACUGAAGGAGUACGACGAGCUGGUUGCCAUUGGCCACCAUGUGUGUGCGGAGCUCAGUCAUGCAGAGGCCAUGAGCCUCAUAGAUGCACAGAACACAACGCUGAACCUGCGGGUUAAAAGGACCCCUUCUGGAUUCCUCUCCUCAUCUCACUCCAGUCGCUCUGCGUCUCCCCGCUCCUCCAUAAGGGUCCUGUCUCCCCCUGCGGCGCCCUUGCCCUCCCAUCGUACCUCCAUCCUCUCCCCCACUGGGAUACCCAGGGGCAUCACUUCCCCUUCAGAUAGUGAGGCUUACUAUGGAGAGACCGACAGCGACGCGGACACACAGUCGCUCACACACCGUCGCCAACGACGCACACCUCCUCACGCACGCUCACCUGCGCGCUAUGACAACCAAGAGGAGGAGACCUCAGAGAUGAGCGGAUAUGAGAGUGCAACAGAUGCAGGAGUUUCCACAGAGGGCCAGUGGGAGGGUCAGUGUCUUGCCGGUGUCCCUCGCAGAGAGCUCAUCUACCAGCCCCCCCAGACUGAGUGGACCACUCCAGAACACACUCCUCACACCCUGACCCCUCACUCACUCACACCGACCCCUGAUCAGGGGUUGGUCGAAGCGGAGGGAGAAGGAGACAGUGGCUUCCAGGAGGCCGGGGGCUGCAUCGGGUUGGCCUGCCCACCUCUUGUGUCUCCUGAACGGGCUAAAGAGGCUCUGAUGUUGGGCUCUGGUAAACAACUGGUGCCCAUGGUGGGACCACAGCAGACCCCAGUCAGCGAUGACCUCUCCAGAACCUACAUGGACAAAGCACGGCAAGCCACUCAUUUAUUCUGGUCUGCCUUUCUUUCCUCUCCCUGUCUUGCAGAGUUGCAGCGUGGGGAGAGUUUGGUGGAGAAACAAGUGAAAGAAGCGCGUACCAAAUGCCGCUCUAUUGCUUCUUUGCUGACUGAUGCUCCCAACCCCAACUCGAAAGGGGUGCUUAUGUUCAAGAAACGCCGGCAGAGGGCCAAGAAGUACACGCUGACCUGCUUCGGCAAAGCUGAGGGAGAAAGAGGAGGGGACACAGAAGGAGAGACAGGAGGGGAGACAGAGGAGGAAGGAGGAAGUUCCAUCCUAAGUGGCUCAGAGGUUGAUGAAGGGGGAUUCUCAGCAUCGUUUGACCCUACGUGGGAUACUGGUUAUCUAGACGUGUUGGACAGGAGAAGUUCUGCCUGCCCGUCAACCACACCAACUACUCCAUCAACCCCAACAGCCAAUCACACAGGGCUGGACAUCUCAGCCUAUCAGACUCCUGGACUCGUGACCUCUGUCAACCAAAGCCCAGGGUUGGAGGUCUCAGGGCUGGAGAGCUCAGCCAAUCAGCGCUUGAUGCUGGAGAGCAACAUCACAAAGCAGUCAAUCAGUAACCAACCAGUACACAUGUCUCCUCCAGCUGUGGCUCUGACCAAUGGUGGGUCAGUAGCUGUUAGUCAGGCUAGUGUUGUUCUGAGCCCACCCUCCCAGAUACCCCUUACAAGUCUAAAUGGGCAGCAUGGCGACCCUAACCGUAAUUUUAGUCCCAGCCCAAUCACAGACUCAGAUUAUCACCUGAACACCAACUUCAGUCCUAAUCAAGGAGUACUGAACCGUACUGCAAGGCCCUUCACACCAGGGUCCACCCCUUCUCGUGCAUCUGUGACCUCUGUGAUGUUUCGCCCUCCCCAACCCAAACCCACAGCCAUGACCAUGGUGAACAAACCCGUGGCAGCCGUUUCCAUGGUGACUAUCCAACCAACUCGCCAUCCGUCAGGAUCAGAUGCAAAGAGAGCGGUGUCUAGCACCUCUCUGUACAUCCCUCCAAGAAAUAACAACAGCAACACCCCCCCCUCUGUUAACUCCCCCCCCUCUGCUCUCUCACCCCCCUCCUCUUAUUCUUCUGCACCUUUCUGCCAGCCUGCCACAAAUCCAGGGACGUUUUCCCCUCAGCCCGCAGUGUAUGCUUCUCCUUCCGCCCCUUUCUCUCCUUCUGCAGCUCAAAGUACCCUGGGUUGUCCAUCACCUGCUCAACCCUUUUCCCCUCCAGCUCCACAGCCAUUUCCUUCCCAUCCUGCUUCUGCAUAUCCUCCUCCGUCCACCUGCAUUUCUUCCUCUCCGCUCUCCCCACCACAUCCUUCUGCACUGACCCAGGUCUCCUUCCACGUUCAGCCAACCCCUCCUCCUCCUUCUCCUCCUCCUCCCACCCAACCGUCUCCAUCUCCAUCUGUCCACCCCAUCAUCAACAUGACAAGUGCAGUGACUCCUGGCCCCCAUACUGCCAUCGCAACUGCAUCACUUCCCCAGCCUUCUGCCACAGAUUCCCUGGGAACACGUGAGCAGCGUAUUGCUGUCCCUGCUGUCCGCACCGGCAUCCUGCAUGAUGCCCAUCGUCGUUCCAACAAAAAGCCAAUGUUCUCUGCAGUCCAGAAAAAAGAUGUUUCUCCAAAUCCAGACUUGAUGUCAAUGGUCCAGAACAUGGAUGAUCACUUUGGGAGACCCACAGGUGCUGAACCUGGAGCUGCACCCAGUGGAGAAACUGGACAUGAGUCAGGGCCUGAGGAGGACUGGCUGAGGCUGGGGGCAGAGGCCUGUAACUUCAUGCAGGCUCAACGGGGACCCAGGCCACCUCCUGUGGCUCCCAAACCGCAAGCCCCUCAGGUGCCACAGCUGGCAGGUAAAGGAGGUCAGCUGUUUGCCCGCAGGCAGAACAGAAUGGAUCGGUAUGUUGUGGAGCGAGCUCCCUCAGUUGCUGCAGCACCUUACUCUCCCGCCCAAACAAGGGAGCCCUCGCCCACACCUUCUCUUCCUGCAACCUGGAAAUACUCAUCCAACAUCCGUGCUCCUCCUCCGAUCAGCUACAAUCCCCUCCUCUCUCCCUCCUGCCCUCCAAAGGCCCAGAAGAAGCCUGAGGUGGUUAAGCCUGGGCCAGCUGGAUCUAAAGCGCAGAAAGGAGGCAACAAGUCUGUGGACAUUAUGAGCCACCAGCCCUACCAGCUCAACUCUUCCCUGUUCAGCUACGGAGGCGGGGUUCCCCAAGACUCCUCCGCCUAUCAGCAGCAGCAGCAGCAGCAGCAGCGAGGAAUGACAACUGGUCCUCAGAAAACAGCACGAGUGUAUGAGGUAAAGCGCUUCUCCACUCCUCCGCCAACAGCCACAGGGCCUGCCCUUAAGGUUAUUGUACCUCGAUCAGCUACGACACUUGGAGAACCACUGUGGCGCUCAGAUGUCACAUCUCCCCCACCCGUACUUAGCCCUGCCUCCUACCAGCCCUAUCAGCCUCAACUCCAGCUUUCCCAACCCCAGUGGGGCACCUCCCCUCUGUCUCCCCCGCCUCCUCCAGCACCUACUGCUCCACUCCCUCAACUCCCCACCUUCUCCUCUGCUCCUACUCCAAAUCCAGUCCAAUCCCCUACUUUCUCCCACCUUCAGCCCUCCAACGGUGCACAGGCCAAGAGGCAGUUUAAGAGUGCCCCAGAUCUUAGCCCCCUGGGCCCCGCUGGUGCCUCUCGGCCGGCGUCCAGCAGCACUCAACCUACACGUGUCCCCAGGCCCAGGUUCAGCACUUCCAACCUGGGUUUGCAGCCUUGCGUCUGGCGCCCUGGAUCCACUAUGCACUGAAGAAAAUAAACCAUGGCUCUCUGGGAACAUGGAGCAGCAUUUUUUAAGUCCAUGUGUUUUUAAUAUUGUUAUAUUGUAGUAUUGUAUCAAACUGUAUUACAGCAUUUAGUUUUGUUUUUCAAGUCUGCAGCUUGGGGUUUUAUCAGCCACAUUUUGUCACUGUUUGGAUGAUCCACCCAUGAAUCACAUUUUAUCACCCACAUUUAAUCUUGUUGAAUCAUUUAUCCAAUGCAUUGAGUUAUAGUUAAAUGGAACACUGUUGCAUGGGAAAUGUAGUGUGGAAACCUGAGAAAAGUAAAUAAAAAAUUGAGCUCAAGUAAGACUGAAAAGGACAGAAAGACAUGCUGGGGAAAACUUGCACUGAAUGAUGAAGAUUUAAGUUUGAACAUAAAACAUAAGAACAGAGGAUGUGAAAAGACAAGCGCGUUGUGAGAGAGACGUGGCCGAGUAUGGGAAAAAGAUGACAAGAAGGAAAGCACAGGGGACACUGAUGAAGUGACAUAAUAGCAAUAAUGUUUGAUGAGGUGUAAAAGAUGCAGACUGGACUCAUAACUUCACAGUCUGUGGACACCCUACAGUACCUGUUGCCAUCCAGCAAUAUCAUAUUAAAGAAGCUGAUAACUAACAAAUCCGAAGUACCUACUACUGCUGUAAUUCCCCUUAUUAUGUAUGUAUUUUAGGUAUUCAUGUUUGAUUAUUCUGAGUGUGUUUUUUAGUUGCACUCUCUGUGUGCUUUGUUUUCUGUAGUUUUUCACAGGGCGAGGAGCACAGCUGCCAUAAAGGAAAGGAAACCUUUUACAGUAGACCCGAUUUUUUGAUCUGUUGAUAUGAAACAGGAGAGGUACAACAUGUCUGUUUAGCUGUGAUUCUUGUCCGCAGAGACUGAGAGACUGAAUAAAAAUAGACAUGAGUCACAUCAGCU